AAACUCCUGGCUCCUCACCCGUUGUUGUUGUUGUUGUUAAUGUUGUUCAUAGUUCUUCUUCGUCUUGUGUUUUGAGUUUGAGAUAUCUCAGAAAUCACUGUAAAAUUUCGAUUACAAUUUUCUGCAUUGAAAUGUGGUAUGUUGACAGUUCCAGAAAACCUGAAUCAUUCAAAUAGAAAAACAGCAUACAGCACCUUUUAAUUUACGAUCCAAUGUUGAUUGCCAAAGUCCGUGUUCAUGUAGAAUGAAUAAUAAUUUCGUAUGAUAUCGCAUUAAAUCUUUCACUCGAGUUGAGUCUUCAAUUAGAUUUUGCAAUGACUCCGCUAGAAGAUUUCAUUAAUGUGACGAAAAUUGGCUAUGGAAGUUAUUCAACCGUUUACAAGGCCCAGAAAAAAUCGAAACCGAAAGAUAUUGUUGCUAUUAAAGUUGUUGAAAAAGCAAAACUUUCAGUACGAGGAAGAGAUGAUAUUGUGAAUGAAAUCAGAGUAAUGAAAUUAUUCAAGCAUCCGCAUAUACUAGAAAUGAGACAGUUUGAAUGGGACGAAAAAAACAUUUAUAUUAUAAUGGAAUACUGUGAUGGUGGUGAUCUCUCUACUUUUAUUAAACAAAAAUGUAAACUGCCCGAAAGUACUUGCCAAAAAUUUUUGCAACAACUUGCCGUUGGAUUACAGUUCCUACGUUCUCAUGACAUCAGUCAUUUAGAUCUGAAACCUCAAAAUCUACUUUUAGUUACCAAACCCAAGCUGACAUUGAAAAUUGGAGAUUUUGGUUUCGCUCAAUUUCUUAGCGAUACUACUCAAAAGCAUGCUAUCAGAGGGUCGCCCUUGUACAUGGCACCAGAAAUGUUAUUAGGUGGUCAGUAUGAUGCCAAAGCUGACCUUUGGUCCGUUGGAGUAAUAACUUAUGAGUGCUUGUUUGGCAAAGCACCGUUCUCCUCGAGCACCUAUAACGAACUAUAUGCUAGAGUAAAAUCUAAAAUUCCCAUUACGAUUCCGGAAAAUGGUGUGCUGUCUAAAAAUUGUCAAGAUUUUUUGAAGAAUCUUCUGGUAUACGAUCCGAAAGUACGAAUGAGCUAUGAAACAUUUUUCAAUCAUUCAUUUCUUGAUUUAGAGCACGUUCCUUCCGAAGCAAACUUCAAAAAAGCGAUGAAAAUAAUUAGUAAAGCAGAAACCUGUGAUAAAGCUAGUCAACAUAUUGAAGCUUUUAAUCUAUACUGUGAAGCAUUAUCAUAUUUAGUUCCCAUUUGUAGAGACGAAACUAAUGAAGACAAGAAAAUUAAACUACGAUCCGAAGUUAUACGAUACACUAAACGAGCAGAAGAAUUGAAAUGCAUGUUACAUUUAAGUGAUGAGACAAAAGCUGAUGCAUCUUCGGAAAAACAAUCUCGUUCAUCUCGUAAUGUUCAACAAGACUCGUAUGACGAAGUUGAUUCACCAGUUAAGCAUAAAGAAGCUGAAAAAGUUCCUAAAUUCAGUAAAAUUGUUGCCAGAGCGAGUUCAUUGAAAAAUCUGCUUGAUUUGUGUUCAAAAACACCCAAUUUAAUGACCGCUUUGGAAAUUGGUAUGAAUGGUCAAAUGUACUUAGCUGAAGGCAAAUAUCAAUUGGCUUAUGAAAAAUUUGAAAGCAGUCUAGGAAUAUUAGUGCCAGCCAUUAAAUCAGAACCGCCUGGUAUUCGUAAAGAAUUACUUUAUGUACAAACUCGCGAGUGGUUGAAACAAGCUGAAAGCGCCAAAUCGUUGCUCUCGAUGAAAGAAAACGAAGAACAAUUAUCAUCUACUGAAAACAGAGAAACCUGCGUUAUUCAGUAAUCAACUGAAUGGAAAAAAGUUAACGUAGUAGUUUUUGCUGUUGCUACUCUUGGUCCUUGGUCUCAUUUCAAUUAUUCAAUCUGAAUUUCGUCUCUACUGGAAUGUUGCUUACCUUUUUUCAACUGUGAUUCACAUCAAUUUUUAUGCUAUCUACAUCACCGUCAUCGUGUACCUAAUUUAUAUGUUAAUAAAACUGUUUUUUCAUUUUCUUUUUGAGUUUUUCUUCUUCAGUUGAUUUAUGACAGAAGCGAUUAUGAGUUGUGAUAGAAAUUUAUUACACAUGCAUAUUGUUCAACAACAAGUAACGUAAAUCUUAAUUUUAAGCGUGAAAUGGCCAGUCAUAAUCCAACAAAUUGACAUUACGUAGGCUUUCACAAUAACAUAAAUGCACCAAUUCAGAUCAGUACCUACAAGUACAUAAUCAAAAUUAUUUUCACGUAGGAGUAUGUUUUGUUGAAUAAAAAACCUCGCAGAAUUAGAAAAACAGCAGCCAUUGAAAUAAAACGUACAUUAUUAUUAUUCACUCAAAAUUGUCGAAAUACAGUUUGAUAGGUAAAACACUAAUAAGGUAAAACAAAA